AUGAGACUCAUUGUCAGAAACCGGCUCGCAGUGAGUACUCUACGAGCCCUCUGGAUAAUCAUCAUCCUAUGGUUCGAGCUCGGCACUUUUUACUAUGCUGCUGGCCGAUGCGCAUGGCCUGAUGUUGAUUUCGUCGGUUCGAAGGAUUCUACCAAACAUGUUCUAAUCGUUGCCGACCCACAAAUUCUGGACCACCGUUCUUACCCCGGUCGUUCCGCGUUCUUGACGUUUCUCUCAAGGCUGUUUACGGAUUUGAAUCUGCGAAAAAGUUGGCGGGCGGCUGCAUCAAAGAAACCUGAUGCUGUGGUGUUUCUGGGCGAUAUGAUGGAUGGGGGGCGGUUUGAGAUGUCGGAUUCUGAAUAUGAGGAUUAUUUCCGCAGAUUUAUGCAUAUUUUUGACAUGAAAGAUGACUUACCAGCUUAUUUCAUUCCGGGAAACCACGACACAGGGUUAGGCAUUUCAGCGACAUUUUCCCAUGAUGCUCGUUCUCGAUACAUCUCCCACUUUGGCCCACUGAAUAGCCAACUUUCUAUCGCCAAUCACACGUUAGUGUUGCUCGAUGCACCAACGCUCGUGGAAGAAGAUUAUCGGAGGAAUGGACGCGGCCAGUCCUUUGACGACUGGAAAGCUGCCCCUGAUGGUCCUAUCCAAUUCGCAAAGUCUUUUGCUGCCGGCCAGCACACGCAACCUGUCAUUCUAUUUAGUCACAUUCCUAUGUCAAGACCUGACGGCUCUAACUGUGGUCCCCUUCGGGAAAGGGGUACCAUUCGCCGUGGAGUUGGACUUGGAUAUCAGAACACGCUCGGAAAACAGACGAGCACCUUUCUCUUGGACAGCUUUCGCCCAACGCUGAUCUUCAGCGGCGACGAUCACGACUAUUGCGAGUACCAUCACGAGUUUCGGCUAGAUGGUCAGUUGCGGCAUGUAAAGGAGAUCACCGUAAAGUCUUUUUCUAUGGCGAUGGGUGUACGAAGACCUGGUUUCCAGCUACUAUCCCUCGUACCUCCUAGCGAGGUCUCGAAAGCCAGCCACGCCGACAAGCCCUGCUUGUUACCUGACCAAAUUGGCAUUUAUCUUAACAUCUACGUUCCUUUGAUCAUACUUUCGCUUCUUUCGCUACUGUUGGUGAACCUUUCCCGCACACGACGCCUACCGUCAUGGAUGGCAUCCAAGCCUUCCAUGACGACUAAUCAAAAUUUCCGUGUCGGCAAGGCGUCAUCGCCGUUCUUCAAAACGCUUCGGUCGAGAUUUGAUGUCGACAAAGACAAAGACUCUGCGUAUCAAAGUGAUCGGCACAACCCGUCCUUACCGUUACCAGCUUCGUCCAAUCCUGGACGGCGACGUCACAUAAAAUGGAAAUACGCGUGUUGCUCGUUUGCGGCACCUCUACGUGUCGGAGCUAGUAAACAAAGAGGUUUUAUCGGCGGCUUCUUACGAGACAUCAGGGAUGUGGCUAUGUUUCCGCUCUCCAUAUUCGUGAUCAUCGCUUGGAUAUUCUCUUAA